UGUCCUCGCAUCCCUCCCAGAGAACAAGAAUCACCGCAAGAAGAAAAUCAAACCAAAAUUGCACACACACACGAGUUCUGAGUUUGCAGCCUCCUCGAUCUCCUCAUCCUCUUCGUGGCAUCGGAAGCAAGGGAGCCAAUAGAGGAAAAAUAGAAGGAGAUGAACACAAGCAUCAGAGGAAACAAAUACUUCAUUACUUGCAAAGAUAACUCCAUUUCCAACAAGAACUUAAAACCUCAGGGAAUGCUGAAAGAUGUGCUUUCGUAGAAGAGAUUUCUGCUGCCAGACACUGAUCGCUGCUCCACAAGCGCUACUGAGCUGCUCAACCCUUGAUGUGAGUGAUCGCCUUACCUGCAUCAACUCUUCACCAUUCAGACUCCAACAAGACCAAGCCAUAAGAAUACUCUUCACCAUCCUGGAUCAUGACAUCGGGGAGGAUGGCUAAAGCACUGCAGUCCACCUGAUUGGCGGCCAGAAGAUAGCGCUGUGACUUAUAUUGUUGAAGUUGAAGGCAUGGAGAGUAGAGGAAAGAUUUUAAUGGAGCGGUAUGAGUUAGGGAGAUUGUUGGGGAAAGGCACAUUUGGCAAGGUGCACUAUGCAAGGAACCUUGAAUCAAACCGGAGCGUUGCUAUUAAGAUGUUGGACAAGGAGAAGGCACUGAAGGUUGGGCUUUCAGAGCAGAUAAGCCGUGAGAUCACAACCAUGCGCCUGGUGGCACAUAAGAACAUUGUUCAGCUUCAUGAGGUCAUGGCAACAAGGAACUAUAUAUACUUUGUCAUGGAGUAUGUGAAAGGCGGUGAGCUCUUCGACAAGAUUAAGAAGAGUGGCAAGCUCACGGAGGCCAAUGCACAUAAAUACUUCCAACAGCUCAUUAGUGCGGUGGAUUACUGCCAUAGCCGAGGUGUGUAUCACCGGGACUUGAAGCCUGAGAACCUGCUGUUGGAUGAGAAUGAGAACCUGAAGGUCUCCGAUUUUGGACUGAGCGCACUUUCAGAGUCAAAGAGGCAAGAUGGCUUGCUCCAUACCACCUGUGGAACACCGGCAUAUGUAGCUCCAGAGGUAAUCAACAAGACAGGCUAUGAUGGUGCAAAAUCAGACAUCUGGUCUUGUGGUGUUGUCCUAUUUGUUCUUGUUGCUGGCUAUCUCCCUUUCCAAGGCCCAAACUUGAUGGAGAUGUAUCGGAAGAUACAACAUGGUGAUUUCAGGUGCCCCAAUUGGUUUUCACACAAACUCGAGAAGCUGUUGUACAGGAUCCUAGACCCCAAUCCAAGCACAAGAAUAUCAAUCCAGAAGAUAAAAGAGUCCACCUGGUUCCGAAAAGGUCCUGGAGAGACCCAUGCAGUGAAGGAGAGAAUUCCCAGUGAGAAUGCCACCACAAUUGCUGAUCCGACACUUGCUGCAAGGCGCAAGAAGAAUGGUCAUGAAGACGUGAAGCCCCUGACUGUCACAAACUUGAAUGCCUUUGAAAUUAUCUCUUUCUCCACAGGGUUUGAUCUCUCUGGCCUAUUUAUCGAAAAAGAGUGCAGAAAGGUGGCAAAGUUUACUUCAGAUAAGCCUGCCUCAGCCAUCAUCUCGAAGCUUGAAGAUGUCGCAAAGACGCUGAAUCUCAGGGUAAGGAAGAAGGAUAAUGGUGUAGUCAAGAUUCAAGGGAGGAAGGAGGGAAGGAAUGGUGUCCUUCAGUUCGACACUGAGAUCUUUGAGAUCACGCCAUUCCAUCAUCUCAUUGAGAUGAAACAAACAAGCGGUGAUUCACUUGAGUACCAGAAACUAUUGGAAAAAGACAUCCGGCCAGCGCUAAAGGACAUAGUCUGGGCUUGGCAUGGAGAUGAUCAGCAGCAGAAGCAAGAGUAGGUUUGGAUGUCUCAGUUUUUAUUCCAAAAAUUUUGUUGGGUUUUUCAGCUCAGAGUGAUUUUGUUUGACAUGCAUGUGUUCUUUUUAGCAACUAUAUUAUUUUUUGUAUUGGAAGAGCACCUGGUGACAGGUGAUAUUGUGAAACAUCAGGCUGUAAUUCGUAGAGCAAUAAUUGUAGAGAGGCUGUGGUCAUGAGUUGUAUUCCGGGAAUUGUUUCUUCUCUGUAAUGUUUGUCAAUCAAUAAUGAA